AUGGGCCUGUCGGUGGCUGAGGUGCUGUCUGCUGACGCGUUCGCUGCGUUUGAGGAGGUCGGCCUCGAGGACGACGCAAAGGUGGAGGCCACCGGCCGCCGCUUCCGCGACACCGUGCUGGCCCUGGGCGGCAGCGUGGCCCCCGAGAAGGUCUUCGAGCUCUUCCGCGGCCGCGCCCCCAGCACAGAGCCGCUGCUGCGCCACAGCGGCCUCGUCGGCGCCGCGGCAUGA